AUGAAAGUAAAAGUCUUGUCGAGGUCCACAGAGGACCAGACCCGUUCGCGCUCAAAUGACAUCCACAAACUCCAACGCAACCUCGACCCAACCCUCCACCCCUUCGAGAAGGCCCGCGAAUACACCCGCGCCCUUAACGCCACAAAAGUCGAACGCAUGUUUGCCAAACCCUUCGUCGGCGCCCUCUCCGGCCACGUCGAUGGUGUCUACGCCAUGGCCAAACAUCCUGCUAAACUGGACUGGUUGGUUUCUGGUGGUGGAGAUGGUGAUUUGAGGCUUUGGUCGUUGAGUGAUCAGAAGUCGGUUUGGAAUACUCAGGCUCAUAAGGCCAUGAUUACGGGAGUCUCGAGCUUUUUGGAGGGAAACCGGUUCUUGAGUUGUUCGAAUGAUCGGACGGUCAAGAUUUGGGAUCCGACUGUGGCCUUGGAGGAUAGUCAUUCAAAAUCAGUUCAUUUGCCCGUGGCGACGUAUACCGGCAAGAAUGCUUUCUCAGGGAUCUCGCAUCAUCGGUCCGACAACAUGUUUGCAACCUCGGGUUCCGAGAUCGAUAUCUGGGACCACGACCGUGCCGAGCCAGUCCAGACCCUCAACUGGGGGGUUGAUACCAUCAACACUGUCAAGUUCAACCAGACCGAGACCAAUAUCUUGGCGUCCACAGGAUCUGACAGGACGAUUAUCUUGUAUGACCUUCGUACUUCUCAGCCUAUUACAAAGUUGGUCCUGGCCAUGAGGACGAAUGCGAUUGCUUGGAACCCCAUGGAGGCCUUCAACUUUGUCGCCGCCAAUGAAGAUCAUAAUGUCUAUGGAUUCGAUAUGCGCAAGAUGGAUAAGGCCCAAAACAUCCUCAAAGACCACGUCUCCGCUGUCAUGUCGGUGGACUACUCGCCAACGGGAGAAGAAAUCGUCACAGGAUCCUAUGACCGCACAGUUCGCCUUUUCAACGCCCGCCAAGGCCACUCCCGGGACAUCUACCACACAAACCGCAUGCAGCGCGUCUUCUCUGUCAUCUACACCAUGGACAACAAAUUCGUCGUCUCGGGCUCCGAUGACGGCAACGUUCGCCUCUGGAAAGCCCGGGCCUCUGAAAAGAUGGGCGUCCGCGACUACCGUGAACGCGCCCACCUCGAAUACGCAGAGAAGCUCAAGGAGAAGUUUGCAAACGUUCCCGAGAUCCGUCGUAUCAAUCGUCAUCGCAAUGUUCCUAAAUCUGUCAAGACUGCGACCCAGAGAAAGUCGAUUAUGAUCAACUCGAGAAAGACAAAGGAGGAGAAUGUCAGGAAACAUACCAAACAGGAGAACCUCAAGGACAGGAUACCAGAGCGCCAAAAGGCCAUCGUCGGCGUCAAGAAGUAG